AUGUGGUCGCUGAACUACAGAGUCCUUGCCAGCGCCCUCUGGCUCGCAGCCACGACAAAGGCAACCUCCGGCGGCCUGAGCGUCCACAUCACCGUCGCGGAAGGUCUCCUGCAGAACAGAACAGAUGGGCACGUCUUGGUCCUGUUCGCUCCCGCCGAAGUAGACCCCCUCGACGACACCGACGUCGAGUCCUCACCCGACCAAUUUCUCGGCAAGAACGUCUACCAGUUCGGCGGCGGCGACACGGUCACGGUACGGGACAGCGACAACGUCCAACCGAGGACGGGCGUCUCGGGUUUCCCCGACGCGAGCAUUACGGGGGUGACGGCGGGUUCGUACCGGGUGCAGGCGUUCCUCAAUGUGUACGAGACCGUCACGCGAAGCGACGGCUCGACGGUCAGCGUCCGGUUCCCGUGCGGUGACGGCAUGGAGCCGGUGAAUGGACCCGGCAGCCUGACGACACAAGCAAUCGAUGUCGAAGUCAGCCAGGGUUCCGAGACGAUUGAGCUCACCUUCGACAGCGUGACGACUGUUGACGACUUCGAGGGAUCCGAGAUCGGCGGCUGCUCCCAGGGCAACUAUGCCGACACGGAGAUGCUCAAGUAUGUCAAGAUCCGAAGCGACGUCUUGAGCGAGUUUUGGAACCGCGAUAUGUACGUGGGCGCAACCGUCCUGCUACCCUCUGGAUACGAUGCGAGCGACGCGAUAACCCGCUACCCGGUCAUAUACCAUCAGGACCACUGGUCGGGAGGCUCCGGCGCAUAUGGGUACUCUAGAGACGAGGAGUUCAAGGCCGCUUGGGACAGUGGUAUCCUCCCAAACACGACUGACCAGCCAACGCCCAAGCUCAUUCUCGUCACGUUUAGACACGAGUCGCCGUUCUACGAUGACUCGUAUGCUGUCAACACGGCAAAUAUCGGUCCCUACGGCGACGCCAUCAACGACGAGUUGAUCCCGUAUAUUGACGGGAGAUUCAACACCAUAGCGCAGGCGUACGCCCGCAUCCAAGACGGAGGGUCGACAGGGGGCUGGGAGUCGGCGGCUAACCUCGUCUUCAGACCCGAUCUCUUCGGCGCGUGCUUCUCCUCGUACCCGGACUCGCUAGACUUCCACCACCACCAGGACAUCCCGCUGUACACCGCAAAAAACGCGUACACGCGCGACGACGGCAGCAAGAUCACGUCGAUCCGCGAGGUCGUCAACGGCACCCUGACCGACGUGGUCUCGGUCGAGCAGGAGAACCACUGGGAGCUGACGUUCGGCACGUCGUCGCGCUCUGCGCUGCAGUGGGACGUCUGGAACGCCGUCUUCGGCGUGCAGGGCCUGAACAACUACCCGCUGGAGCCGUGGGACAAGGUCACCGGCGAGAUCUUCCCCGACGCCGUCGAGUACUGGAAGGCCUUCGACCUAACCGACUACAUCAUCAGUAACUGGGACAGCGGGCAGCGCAACCUGGGCGAGGCGCUCCGCGGGCGCAUGUUCGUCUAUGUCGGUUCCUGGGACAACUAUUUCUUGAACGAGGGCGUCGAGGCGUUCCGGGACAGGGUCUCCGCGAGGGGCGGGCCGGACUGGGCGAACGUCACGGUCUUGGAGGGCGAGCAGCACGGCGGGAAUUACCGUCGCUUGGAUACGUGGGAUUAUUUCCAGCUUGUUGCUGGGUGGAUCGAGGACCAUUCGCCCAAAGGCAAGAUGCCGCUGUCGAAGGAGGCGACGGCGCCAUCGACUCGCGGCAAUACAUGGAAAGAGGUCAUCGCUCGGGGUGGACACGGGGCUGCGCUGGCGCGCCAGGCGCACCCGGUCAUCAAGAAGAACGGGCACGGCAGGACGGUCGAGGCGAGUGUCGGCCGGUGGGAUCCGGGGCUUGCUCUGGAGGCUCAGUGGCUAGUGGACGGCCGGCCGAGUGGCAAGCCGUUCAAGGUGCAGCAGGGCACGAGCCUGGACUACAUGCCGUGUAGGAAGCGCCCCGUCGAGCUGGAGGUUACGGGACGCAAGCGUGGCUAUGUCGAUGAGACGAGGAAGAGUAAUGCAGUGAGGUUGUAA